UUUCCAGUGAAACAGUGGGUGAGGCAGAAGAGGUGGAUAACCUGAUAAAGAGACAGUGAGUUGGAGAAGCACAUUUUCGAGAAAAAAAAAAGAUGAAAAGUUGAUGUUUGACUGAGUUUGAGCCAGAGCUGCAGCUUAAAGAGAAGGUGAACAGUGAGAGGCAUUCCUAGUAAUGGCGAGUCUACCAAAGGAACCCCUUGAUGAUCCCAAGAAGCAGAGCUUUUGGAUGCCAGGUAACUAUGUGCGUACAGUGCACAGAACGGACCAAUCCUUUCAGGCUUGCAAUGACAUCAUGGCCUGCUUCAUGGAGAGAGCGAAGGUGGAAAAACAGUAUGCCCAGCAGCUCAGCCAGUGGAGCAGCAAGUGGAAAUCCAUCAUUGAUUCUCGGCCCCUUUAUGGUUCCCUCAUGAGGGCGUGGCAAUGCUUUUUCACCUCCACCGAACGCCUGUCAGCCCUCCACUCCUCCAUCUCAGCGUCGCUCACCACAGAGGAAAGAGAGCGGGUGAAGACCUGGCAGAAGGAGACCUUCCCCAAGAAACUCUUCUGUGGGUUCAAGGAGAGCUACGACAACAAAACCAGUUUCUCACGUGCACAGAAACCCUGGUCCAAAAAGCUGAAGAAGCUGGAGAAAGUCCGUGUCGCAUACCACAAGUCCUGCCAGAGGGAGCAAGCGGCCCUGGAUAGGGAGAGGCAAGCAAACGACAAUCCUGAGCUGAGCGAGGAGAAAAAGCUGAAGCUCGCAGAGGCCAAGGAAAGAGCUGCGGAGGAAAAAGGAAAAGCUAGAGAUCGAUAUGAAAAAGUUCUAGAGGAUCUGACCUCCUAUACACCCCGCUAUAUGGAGGAGAUGGAGGCCAUUUUUGAUGAGUCCCAGGAGGAGGAGAGAAAGAGGAUCAGCUUUUUAAAGCAAGUGUUCCUCUCCAUCCACAGACAUCUGGACAUCACAAACAACGAGAGUGUAAAAGCAGUUUAUAGCGAGCUCCAUCAGACUUUGAUGUCCAUCGACGAGCAGGACGACCUCAAAUGGUGGAAGAACAAUCAAGGUCCUGGCAUGCCGACAGAUUGGCCAAAGAUUCAGGAAUGGGUCCCACCAGUGAAAAAGCUAAAGAGAAAAAAAAGGAACCAGAAGGGAAAAGAAAGUCGUCCUGUGAUGAUUGGCGGUGUGAAGGUGAGAGCUCUGUAUGACUACGAGGGAGAGGAGGGUGAUGAGCUGUCCUUUAAAGCAGGUGAGAUCUUCCUAAAGGUGGAGGAGGAAGACGAUCAAGGGUGGUGUCGAGGCGUGCUGAGCGGAGGGAAGGAGGGCUUCUACCCUGCAAACUAUGUAGAAGUUGUUGAGUGACGUCCCAGCAGACGUCGAGUUAUGAUCUGAUUUUUUUUCUCAAAACUUGUUUUUUAUGCUUAUUAAAGCAGCACAUUGUUAAUGUAUCUGUUAAAGGUUUUCAUGUCAGAUG